AUGGCCGCGGUCACACAUCUAUCCAAUUUGUGCUUCUCAAAUGUCUCAACGAAGACGACAGCGCGUAGCAACCAACCAUCGGUGACUUCUCCUUUAUCACUCGUCGAGGCCCGUACGAUUCGCCGUAAAGCUUUCCCCGUCUGUCGGAUUCGCAGCGAACGGAAGCCCUCACCUUGCCGUCCGACGAGCACUGGCCGUACGACGGCGCAAACAACUCCACCCUCCUCUUCCCCAACAUCAUAUCCUUGGCUGAUGCUCCCCCCCGUCUUGGAACCCGACUCCACCACCACCGCGGCUUACAAUAUCUACAGCCUGGCCGAGAAUCGGGUCGUAACCCUAACCUGCGAAGGUGCGGCCCGAGAAGUCACCGGCAGCGGCGAUGUGAUGCACUUCAGGGGCUCCUCCCACGGCUGGGUCGCCCUCUGGAACCCCCGCACCCACGAUAUGUUCCUCUACAACCCCAUCUCCCGCCGCCACAUAACCCUUCCCCCAUUUCACCAACUCCCCAAUUACAACCACAGACAGGAUUACGACCCGUUUCGCGUCGAGAAGAUCAUCCUCUCCUCCUCCCCAGACGACCAAACCUGCCGGGCCGUGAUUAUCUACAAAUUGGAGGGAAUGAUGGGCUUCUGCUGCCCGGGCCGUGGAGGGAAUGACAAAUGGGCUCCAAUGGCUGACGUCAGGAGCUGGUGGAGCCCGGACGACAGGACGGCCCCAUAUAGCAGCUACAAGGACUGCGUCUACUCCCAGGCCCAUGGGCUCUUCUUCGCCUUGACACAAUGCCGCUGCUUGGACUCUUGGGACCUUCAUGACCCGUCUUCCCCUGUCUCGACUCGGAUUGCAGACCGAAUGAGUCUACGCGGGUCUCCCAAGUGGGCCCACAAGCCCAAGACCCGGAUGGUGGUUGCGGGCCGGGACAUCCUAUAUGAGGCGGAGUGUGGGGAUCUGGUGAGGUGCUCCUCUCUCGGGAAUUGGGCUGUUUUCGUGGGGAACUGCAGCCACGCGGUUGCGGCCCAGCUGCCUGGGUUCAGGCCCAACUCCAUUUACUUCACAGAUUUGGAAGACACCGAGGUGUUUAAGGAUGAACGGAUCAACGGCCACGACAUUGGCAUUUUGGAUUACGAGAAGAAGACUGUGUCACCGUGUUAUUUAUCCCGUGGAUGCCCGGAGACUCGAGAAGAUUUUCCCGCCGCCAAUGUGGUUCUUCCCCAGCCAAGAGUGAGUAGCGUGUACUCGUUUGGGAUUUUUAAAGGAUUUUAG